UCGUAACAAUUGGGUCAAAGCCCACGAGCUGCUUAGCGAGCUCGGGUACCCAUUUUCGAGGGCAUCACUCUGGUAUGAUACUAUCAAGUUGUGAAUUUCAAUAUGUUACAGAUCUCUAAAACUAACACCUGCCUAUAGUGGUCGCUGGACUAAAAUGUCCAAAGAAUUCACUGCGCGACUGCCUCCAGACUCGGUUGUCACGGCGCUCAAAGCCCCAAGGAAGCGUGCGAAGAAGACUUCAAAGGCUGUCGUCGCCUUCGAAAAUGAGGAGGCUGACGAAGUUGAUGCCAAAGGCGGUUCUAUCGACGAGGACUAUUUUGAUUCUGCUUCCCACCCGGCCAAGCGUGCAAAACUUAACGUUGAGCCUAGUAUCAAUGAAGCUUUGGUCCUGGGGCCUGCGCCGGAAGGUGAUGAAGAAGACGAUGCCGCAGAGGACACAACUCCAGCUUCUGAUGAGUCCGCGAGCCCUAUCUAGAUCACAAAUUUGGUAUCGAACAGGAAUACUGAAGAGAGGUUUAACUCUGGUGUUAAGGUUAUCCUCAUAGCAAAUGGAAUGCAUAUGUCACAUUGCCAGUAUAGCUUAACAGAGAACAAAUACAGCCAGGAGUUAGU